CUGGGGUGAUGGAUGCGGGCGUCCGAACAAAUAUGGAGUGUACACUAAGGUGUCGUUUUACGUCGACUGGAUCCAGAGCACGAUAAACAAACCGGUCAAACUGAGCUCUUUGAACGGCCAGCUUAGCUCGUACGGUCAAACCAGCAACCCCGAUACUGUUCCAGAAACACCCGCCGAGAGUUCUUACUCAGACUCAGAAGGUCUGCAGGGCGAUGUGUACGCCUCAGAGAACAUCGAUGCUGUACUGGAAGUUCUGGGUUCCACAGACAUGCCAAUGGUUGUCGCUACGUAUGUGCCGGGUGUGAACGAGUCGGCAGCUAUCAGCGACUUGAGCUCAGAGGAAGAGUCUGCGAUACUGGAAGAAUUCUUCGGAAAUGGGACAAGCGGCGACAGAGAUAUGACAAGUGACGAUCUCGAAAGCCCAGAUACAGAGGAGACUGAGGCACCACCAAAUUCGAACGGGGAACUGGCCGAUCAAGUGGGCACGGACAGAGACGAACUUACGGGCCAGGACACAGAGGAUGUGCUGUCGUCUGAUGAAGAUAGGAAUGUGAUUGCCAUUGGGGUGAUUGAGCGGCCGGAUUGGUGCGGUGAUGGGUGUCUGAUAUCGAAGAGUUCUGUACCCGAUGUUGUCUCCCCUGGGAUAUAUCCUUUGACCUCGCUCGGUGUCAAGACCAACCACACAGCGUAUGUAGGAUUCACCGGACCUUUGGGCACAGGGCUUAUACUCUCACGACAACCUGGUAUGAUGAAAUAA